AUGGGAACCGUGCGAAUUUGCGUCUGCGGAGACGAAGGGACAGGGAAAUCAAGCUUGAUAACCUCCCUCGUCAAGGGAGUCUUUGUCACGAACAAGAUCCAAGCCGUCUUGCCGCAAGUGACUAUCCCUCCUACCAUCGGAACCCCCGAGAAUGUAACUACAACCACAAUCGUCGACACCUCAGCGCUGCCGCAGGAACGGAACAAUCUCGCAAGGGAGCUCCGCAAGUCGAAUGUGAUCCUCCUCGUCUACUCCGACCAUUACAGCUAUGAACGAGUUGCGCUAUUCUGGCUUCCCUAUUUCCGCUCGCUGGGCGUCAACGUCCCCGUGGUGCUGUGCGCCAAUAAAUCCGACCUCUUGCACGAACAUGGCGAGUCACAACCAAUCGAGGAGGAGAUGCUACCGAUCAUGACGGAAUUCAAAGAAAUUGAUUCGUGCAUUCGGAGUAGCGCCAGGACUCACAGGAAUGUGAACGAGUCGUUUUUCCUUUGCCAAAAGGCCGUUACGUACCCAAUCGCCCCGUUAUACGAUUCGAAGGAGUCGGUGCUCAAGCCAGCUGCGAUCCAUGUGCUUCAUAGAAUAUUUUAUUUAUGCGACAAGGACCGAGAUGGAUACUUGAAUGAUAGCGAAAUCGAAAAUUUCCAGAAAAAGUGCUUUGGUAAACACCUAAGUGAGGAGGACUUGGUUAAUAUCAAAGAGACGAUCCGGAGGGCGUACCCAGACUCUGUCACGCCAUCGGGGAUAGAUGCCAAAGGGUUCCUCCAUCUGAACAAGCUAUACGUUGAAAAGGGUCGGCAUGAGACUGUGUGGAUCAUUAUGCGGGCUUUCCAAUAUACGGACAAUUUAUCUCUCCAGGAGGAGUUUCUGCAUCCACGUUUGGAGGUGCCGCCAUUCUCUUCGGCGGAGCUAUCGCCUGCUGGAUACCGUUUCCUUGUUGAUCUCUUCCUGCUGUGUGAUAAAGAUAAUGAUGGAGGGCUGAACGAGGAAGAACUGGCGUCGAUAUUUGCUCCCACGCCUGGCCUCCCAGCCUCAUGGUCGGACGAUUCAUUCCCAUCAUCCACCGUCCGCAAUGAAGCCGGCCAUGUAACACUACAAGGAUGGCUGGCGCAAUGGAGUAUGACCACAUUUACAUCUCCCAAAACGACUCUGGAGUACCUCGCCUAUCUCGGAUUCGAGUCCUUUGACCGCAACAACCCCACGACUACUGCUGCAUUACAAGUAACCAAACCACGCAAGCGCCGCAGACGCCCUGGACGAGUAGGCCGAAACGUCGUUCUCUGUCAUGUCGUCGGCGCACCCGGCUCAGGCAAAUCUUCCCUCCUGGAUGCCUUCCUAUCCCGCGGCUUCUACCCAUCAUACCACCCUACCAUUCAACCACGCACGGCCGUCAACACAGUUGAGCUGCCAGGCGGUAAGCAAUGCUACAUGAUUCUCGAUGAGCUAGGCGAACUGGAGCCCGCCAUUCUCGACAACGAGACAAAGCUACUUGACCAAUGCGACGUGAUCGCAUAUACAUACGACUCCUCUGAUCCAGACUCAUUCGCAUACAUACCUAAACUGCGAGCCAAAUACCCGCAUCUAGAAGAGCUUCCGAGCGUCUUCAUUGCGCUAAAGGCUGAUCUAGACCGUACCACUCAACGCGCCGAGUUACAGCCCGAUGAAUACACCAGCAGACUCAACAUGUCUGGGCCGCCGCUACAUGUCAGCGUGACUUGGAGCUCUAUCCAGGAGCUGUUCGUGCAUAUAGCUGAGGCAGCCAUGGAGCCCAGCACUGCCUUUCCCCGUGUCGAGGAAGAUGUGGAAGGGAAAUGGAUGGCAUGGGGUAUCGCCAUUGGAGCUGUUGUUUGUGCCACCGCCGCAGCAGUCGUGAUAUGGCGACGGGUCAGUUGGAGUGGGAAGUAG